AAUAAGUCAAUUAUUCUAUAAAAGAAUCGGCAUUAUUUGACAACAGUUGUGUCAUAAUCUUUAAUAAAACCCCGAGAUCGUAAGCACUAUGGAAGCUGAUCCAGGUUAAACCUCUGAAAUAGUUAAAUAAAAGGUCGGAAAGCAUCAUUCCGGAAUCGCUGGAAAGGAUGCGCUUGUACUUGUUCUUCAAGAAAUCAUUGCCCUGUCGUUUAAGUAAGUCGAUGGAGUCCUUAUAGCAAUAAUCCCUAUGGAUAUCGAAGUCUUUGAAAUUGAAUUCCCAAAUAUAGCAGAAGGGAGUAUUGAAAUCGGGUAAAUUGCCUUGGGAAUCCGAGAGUGCCAAGCCGAGUUGGAUGAUGUUUAGAGCAUCGACGUUGGCUUUCAUGUACUGGUAGUUGGAAACAGGAUUAGCUAGCUGAAUGAUUUCUUUUCUGGGCUUGAAAAUGGUACCGGGAAAUUCUUGAUUUUACUGCAUUUAUAUUUAUGCAGAGCCCACAUUCUGAAAUGGACCGAUGAAGAGGAUGAAUAGCCCAAUCCUGGAUCUGAUUUCUGAACUUUAUUAUUACAAUUAAAACUGCUUCCUACAAAACACAAAUUGAAAAUCCUUUUUUCUGUGGCACUAGCAGUCAACAAACGCACACGCUGCUGCAUUUUCAUCAUCAAUGGCGGCGACUACUCACCACCAUCUCUCUCACGCCUCAUCUCUUCCCAAAACCCUAAACCAUCCUUUGAAGCAAAACCCAUUUUCCCAACUCCCCGUUUUGCCCCUCAGGGCCUCCAAGAAUCUCUUUAGGCGCCAAUCUCUCUCCCUCAAAGCUGUGCUCUCCCAGAACCCUGCUAAAACCCUCAACCCCACUUUUCAACACUGCUUCACGAAAUCCCCUGAUGGGUUCCUCUACUGUGAGGAUACCAAGGUUCAGGACAUCAUGGAGAAAGUCGAAAAGAGGCCCUUUUAUUUGUACAGUAAGCCUCAGAUUACUAGGAAUGUGGAAGCUUAUAAGGAGGCUCUUGAAGGCUUGAAGAAUUCCAUCAUUGGUUACGCCAUCAAGGCGAAUAAUAAUUUGAAGAUUUUGCAGCAUUUGAGGAAGUUAGGUUGUGGUGCUGUGCUUGUUAGUGGCAAUGAACUCAAGUUGGCUCUUCAUGCCGGCUUUGAUCCUACUAAGUGUAUAUUUAAUGGAAAUGGGAAGAUCUUGGAGGAUUUGAUCCUAGCUGCCCAAGAAGGUGUUUUUGUGAAUGUGGAUAGUGAAUUUGAUCUGGAGAAUAUUGUUACAGCUGCAAAAGUUGCUGGCAGGAAGGUUAAUGUGUUGCUUCGGAUCAAUCCGGAUGUGGAUCCACAGGUCCAUCCAUAUGUCGCUACUGGGAACAAGAACUCUAAAUUUGGUAUUAGGAAUGAGAAGCUGCAGUGGUUUCUGGAUGCCGUAAAGGCACACCCUAAUGAGCUAAAGCUUGUUGGGGCCCAUUGUCAUCUUGGUUCAACCAUUACCAAGGUGGAUAUAUUCAGGGACGCUGCUGUUCUCAUGGUCAACUACAUUGACGAAAUCCGUGCCCAAGGUUUCGAGGUAGAUUAUUUAAACAUUGGAGGUGGUUUGGGGAUAGAUUACUACCAUAGUGGUGCCGUCCUUCCCACACCGAGAGAUCUCAUUGACACUGUCAGAGAAUUGGUCCUCUCAAGAAGUCUUAACCUCGUCAUUGAACCAGGGAGAUCACUGAUUGCAAACACUUGCUGCUUAGUGAAUCGUGUCACUGGAGUCAAAACUAAUGGAACAAAAAAUUUCAUUGUCAUUGAUGGCAGUAUGGCUGAACUUAUCCGUCCUAGUCUUUAUGACGCUUACCAACACAUAGAACUGGUUUCUCCUACACCUCCUGAUGCAGACGUCUCUACCUUUGAUGUUGUCGGUCCUGUCUGUGAAUCUGCAGAUUUCUUGGGAAAAGAGAGAGAACUUCCAACCCCAGCUAAGGGGACCGGCCUGGUGGUGCAUGAUGCAGGUGCUUACUGCAUGAGCAUGGCAUCAACAUACAAUCUCAAGAUGCGCCCUCCUGAGUACUGGGUCGAAGAAGAUGGAUCGGUGACCAAAAUCCGGCAUGGGGAGACAUUUGAAGACCACAUUCGUUUUUUCGAGGGUCUGUGAUUUGAACAAAACAAGUGUCCAUUUUGAGGCUUGAAAUUGGAUAUUGUUUUUGCAAAAUUCAUGGAUUUAUGUGAUGUACUUGACGUUUUCAUUUAACAAGCUGCUGAAUUGGGUAUGAUUUCUUUUUUAUACCUUUGAAUUGGAAUUAAUGUAAUGGCAAUUUCAGCAUCUAAAA